UUUUUUUUUGGCUCCAAAAAUAUUGAAAUUGAAAGUUCAAGUCUAUGAUUAAAUCUGAGCCCUUAAUGAGAAGAUCAGAUAAAUCAAACGUCCCAGUCCAUGAAGAAUCGACGAGGGAAAGGUCGAUUUGGAAGAUCUCGUGCUAAGUGUAGUUAUUGUAAAAGGCUUGGACAUACUCGUGGUGUAUGUUAUUCUACACCUAAGUGUAGUUAUUGUAAUAGGCUUGGACAUACUCAUGGAAUAUGCUAUUCUUUGCAUGGUCGACCAACUAAAAAUGCUCAUAUUGCUCAGUCUAACACCACAGGUGAUCAACGGGUGUAUUUAUCUGAUAAGGAAUAUAAUGAGUAUCUUCAGUAUCAAGCAAGUAAGCAUAUAUUUCUACCAAUAGCCCCAACUGCACAAUCUCCUACCUUUGGAUCAUGGGUUGUGGACUCAAGUGCUUCUGAUCAUAUUUCUGGUGAUAAAUCACUUUUGUCUGAUAUUGUUUAUUCACAAUCUCUUCCAGCUAUUACUUUAGCUAAUGGAAUUCGAACAGAGCCAAAAGGAGUUGGACAAGACAAACCCCUAUCUUCUGUCACUCUAGACUCUGUUCUUUAUGUCCCUGGUUGUCCUUUUAAUCUUGCAUCUGUUAGUCAUUUGACACGUGCCCUUGAUUGUAGUAUUAACUUUUUUUUAUGAUUCUUUUUUAAUGCACGACCGCAAAACGGGACAGACAAUUGGCAUAGGACAUGAAUCACAAGGCCUUUACCAUCUUACCGCUUUAAAUUCCUUCACAGCAUGCUCCGCUACAGAUCCUCCCAAUCUUAUUCAUAAACGUUUGGGACAUC